AUGUGUAUAAAUUCUUGUCAAGCCUUUACUGAAGAAUUUAUUGAAAAUACAAGCUGUAAAAUUUGUGGUGGAUCACGAUAUGAUAGUAAAGAAAAUCCAAGAAAAUUUGCUAUUUACUUUCCAUUAAUUCCACGGUUACAAAUUCAAUAUGCAGAUCCAACUCAUGCAAUUCAAUUAAGAUAUCGUGCCAAUUAUAAACAAGAUAAUGAAACUAUUAGAGAUAUUUAUGAUAGCAAGUUAUAUAAAGAAAUAUUGGAAGAAGAGCUAUUACCUGAUGAUC